UGGUGUGAUGCUGCGGAGACGCCUCUCUUCGCUCUUUCGACGGGCAAAUGUGGCCUUUUUCUCGCAAUCUUCGCCGGGCUCGGGCUCGCUCGAUGUUGCUGAAAAUCUCAAUAGCAGGAUCGUCAUACCAAACAAGCAACGAAAGAGAGUCAAGCCAGGGGUGAUCUCACGAGAGUUGGCUCUACCGAAAAACACAAAGAGGCCCAUGUACGCGCGAGAAACUGUGCGAGGAACUCCAGAGCAGCCACUCGAGCCUCAGGUGCACGAUGAGCACGACCGAAAAUCCAUGAGAACUUCGUGCCGGUUGGCUGCUCAGGUCUUGGAAUACGCUGGAACUCUUGUCAAGCCAGGGGUCACGACCGAUUACAUUGAUAGGCAAGCUCACAAGUUGAUCAUGAACUCUGGAGCGUAUCCCUCUCCGCUCAGAUAUGCGCGAUUUCCAAAGAGCAUUUGCACUUCAGUAAACGAUGUUAUAUGUCAUGGAAUCCCGGAUUCCCGUCCGUUGGAGGAUGGCGAUAUCAUAAACAUCGAUGUCACGGUGUACAGAAGCGGAUUUCACGGCGACACAUCGAAGACGUUUCUUUGCGGCAAUGUCGACGACGAGCUCAAACAGCUGGUGGAUGUAACUCGAGAGUGUUUAACCAUGGCGAUUUCUAUCUGUGGCCCUGGAGUUGACUACAGACUCAUUGGAGAAACAAUCAAUGAAAUUGCCGAUCGCUACAACUAUGGCAUCGUUCGAGACUUUCUCGGUCAUGGCAUUGGCAGAUACUUCCAUUCCGCUCCAGCGAUCAUACCUUACCGCAAUAGAAUUCCUGGAAAAAUGCAAGUGGGAGAAACAUUCACUAUAGAGCCCAUUUUAACGACUGGAGGAACGGAGUAUCAGAUUUGGAACGAUGGUUGGACAGCAGUAACUAAGGAUGGUAGCUAUGCAGCACAGUUUGAGCACACUGUGCUCAUCCUAGAAACUGGUGUAGAGAUUCUAACACUGCCUCUCUGAGACUUGUUUUCCAUAGAUUUUGAAUUGUUAACAUUAGCAUUAGGCCAAAACUACAAACUUUUAAACUUGUUUUUUAAUA